UUUAGGUAAUUAUGGCUUCGCGCCGCAUGUUUCUGUAGAUCUAUUUACACGGCUUGGAUGUCCACAAACUUUUCUUACCCUCUCCGAGGAGGCAAUAAAACAUCCUAACAUAAAGGCAGCUUAGGCUUGUUACUGCACAGUAAGAAAAGUUUGAUUCUACACACCCACUCGCCAUGAAUAGUCUACCAGACAGACAACUACGGAGGACAAGAACACUCACUCAGGAAGCCCUCAUGUUAUUUGAAGAAAAAGUUGACCACUAUAACAACAGGCUUAGAAGUGUGAGAAGAGACAUUGAUUCAGUUAUCUUAGAAUUUGAAGAUGCCAAACCAACUGAUAAGAACAUUGUUCGAGCAAUGAGAGCAGAUCUUAUUCAGUUUAUGCAACAGUAUAACAAUGUGUCGAAAGAGUAUGAAUCAUACCUGAAAGGAACUAGAACUCUAGCCAGUAUAAGGGAAGAAACCUCACACAGAUUGGUUGCCUCAACUGUACGCGCCAAAGUGGAUCACGUGCAGAAGGAGAUGGAAAAAGUGCUAGCAGACAGCAAACCACCGUUUGGUAGCUACAGACAACACUUAGCAGACAAACAGUCAUCCAUCGCCAGUUCAAGAUGCAGUCCUCGACCACAGAGCAAGAGCCAAUCUGGUUCGGACCUGACUACAUUUAUACAGCGGCAAGCCGCCAAGGCGGACCAGCAAGCAGCAAAACUAGAACUUCAAUUUGCGGAAGAGGAGGCUCAGCUGUUAAAGAGACAAGUGGCCUUGGAGGCUGAACGCAAGGUCUUGGAUAGUCGGAAAGCGGUGGCACUCGCACAGUCAACCUUUGCGGCGUUUGACGAAAUACUAGGCGAGAAUAAGGACAAAGAGACUGAGUAUGAAGAUCCCAUGGAGAGGACGAGGGAAUAUAUACAGAACUUGACAAACAGUCCAGAUGAUCGAGAUGAUGUGUCGUCAGUGUUACACUUCAGUGAGGCCCGAGAUUUGAAACACUCAACGCCACAGAAGAGUCAGGGUGUACUGUCAACCCUCAACCCCCAGGCACCAUCAUUCUCUCCCCUUGCUUUCGAUCAUCUCGCAAAGUAUAUAGCCAAGAGGGAUCUAAUAUCUGCUAGAUUUACAAUGUAUGAUGACAAUCCUACACAUUAUAUAGCUUGGAAGGCUACCUUCCAAAAUAUAGUGACCGAGGUUGGGGCAACACCUUUAGAACAUCUCGAUUUGCUCGUUAGAUGGCUCGGACCAGAUUCCAAGAAGCAAGUACAGAGUAUCCGUUCAGCAAACGUUCAGGAUCCAGAGAAAGCACUACAACUAGCUUGGGAACGCUUAGACCGUAGAUUCGGAAGUCCUGAGAUUAUCGAAGACACGAUUCAACGCAGGAUCAAGGACUUUCCAAACUUAUUGAACCACCAGAGGAAGGAAUUCUUUGACCUCGCAGACCUUACCAGUGAGAUAGAGGGAGUUAAGAACAAUGAUAAGAACUCUAUUACCUUUGCAUAUUUUGACUCUUCUUAUGGUGUGAAUAAACUUGUAGCCAAAUUACCAUUCAAUCUACAGGAGAAAUGGACUCACAAAGCAAGUGAAUACAAACUACACCACGAUGGCCAGUAUCCGCCGUUCACUUUUCUUCUUUCAUACAAAAUGUCGCAAAGAUGA